ACGCUGCAAAUGGGGUUCAGCCAAAACGCUUGGAGUUUCAGUCACAAAAAAUAAAUUAAGAUCCUCAACUAAUGUUAAGUCUUAAACUAUUUUACCUGAGGCCAUGGGUGCAGAAGACGUGGUAGUUCUACCGAUGCGCCACAAGAGGGCGCCACGGGGCUGCUUGUUAGAGACAACAGAAAGAGUUUGAGACAAAUCUCAAACAUGUCACAUAUGUGAUGAAGCAAACCUUCAUCACCCAUGAGGUCAUAUAGAUUAUCCGUACAGCUGCUUAAUUGAUGCGUAAUGCUCAGUCAUCCUUGGAGCCCGGGGAACCUGCUUAUCUGACUUAAUUAAAUUCCAACCGAGGAAACCAUCCCCAUCUGUCUGUGUCUGUGCGCGUGACUACGUGCGUGAUGUGCAUUUGCACGGGUGGUCUUCCUACUCACGCAGGUUAAGCUAAGAAGCUGGAGAACAAGUGGAAUUUCGCACUAAGACGAUUAUCGCCACCAGUGGUUCCACCCGCCGGGUCUCGUUAACGGAUGAUGGGCUCGCCGGUUGGAACGCUGCGCGACCGGAAACCGGGCGCGGAAACAUUUCACGCUCGAACUGAUGCCACAGCCCGACGUGUGGCGCCGUGAACCAUCGUGGAAAACUAUGUAUUUUGACACGGACGCUCAGAGAUGAGCCUCGGCAGCGUGACGGCGUUGGGAGCGCACGGGAAUCCGCCUCCGGGAGGGAAUCUGAGCGCGGCUCCGUGAGGCUGUUUGCGACAUGAAGACGCGACCCGCGGGAAUCGGCAACGUCAACGCCGACUGGAUGGGGUCGCUGCCCCCCAAGCUCAGCGCCAUGCCCCUCAAACACCUAGCCGUGCCAGGCUCCCACGACUCGUUCACCUUCUGGGUGGACGUGCGCGCCCCCGUGGGCCCCGACCAGAAGGCUUAUGUCAAAUACCUGGCCAACUUCUUUAGUGUUUUAGCCAAGAAAGUCAUGGUGAAGUGGUCCAUGACCCAGAACUUGACUUUUAAGGAGCAGCUGGAUGCAGGAAUCCGCUACUUUGACCUCCGGGUCUCCUCCAAACCCGAUGAGCCUGGAAAUGAGGUCUACUUCAUCCACGGGCUCUUUGGACACAAGGUGAGGGACGGCUUGCUAGAAAUCAACUGUUUCCUAGUCAGACACAGGAAAGAGGUUGUUUUCUUGGACUUCAACCACUACUACGCCAUGGACCCGGAGCACCACGCGUACCUCAUCGACAUGCUCCAGCAAGUGUUCGGCAGCAAGCUGUGCACGCUCUGUGCAGUGGAGAGCGUCACCCUGGACUUCCUCUGGGAGAAGAAAUACCAGGUAAUAGUGUUCUACCAUCAUCCUUCAGCUCGGGGCAUUCCUGUCAUGUGGCCUGGAAACAAGAUCCCUGCUCCGUGGGCAAACACCACAGAACCGAACAAGCUCAUACAGUUCUUGGAAGCGACACUGAAGGACAGAGCCCAGCAGGGCUCCUUCCACGUGUCCCAGGCCAUCCUCACCCCCAGAGUCAACACCGUGGCCAAGGGGCUGGUCUGGGGGCUGCGAAACUAUCUGGUCGAGAGAAACCUGCCCACCAUCAUGUCCUGGGUGGAGGCUCAGAGACCGGGGGCGGACGGGAUCAACAUCAUCACCUCUGACUUCGUGGAGCUCACCGACUUUGCCAACAUUGUCAUCAAGCUCAACAACCUGCUAGUGUCCGAACAGGAGCACAGAGCCAGAUGACACCCGCCAACAACAGCGUCGUCCUCCACCGCUGUUGGAUGUUGGUUUAAUGGAUCCCUGGGAAACAGAUUCACUAAAGCAUCGUGUCACCAAGUUAGUUUUAAAAAUCUUACAUCCGUGGCACGAAAAGACUUUUUAGUUAUGACUUUAAUUUGUAAUUAUCAAACCUGUUAUCGUUACAUUCAAAGUGAUUUAAUUUACAGAAUUGACACCCUUGUAUUUAAAAUAUGAGAUUUUAUUAGUGUGCGUAUAUUUUAUUGUUGUCACUGUGAACACUUGGCCAGUGAGUAAAAUGUGGCUUCAGUUGUGAACUUUAUUCAGUAGUGGAAUGAGAGACAGAAAAAGAGAUUGUGUGGUUUUCCUCCUGUUUUCUUUACUCCGAGUCACACGUUGUAAAAACAGUCUCAACAAUUAUGGUUUGAUUGCAGUACAUAGAUGCAAACAGUGGGAAGUGUUUUAGUGGGAAUUGCAAAAGAAAUGAUGGGACUUGUGCCAUAAAUCUCCCAAAACAUAGACACCUACAGACCGUAAAGUAUUUGUUUAUUUCUUUUUCAAACUAGACAAAAUUUAAAAUGUACAGAUGGGUGACAUAAAAUAAAUAUACAGUAUAUGUCAUUUAGUAACAUUACAGUAUGUCUGUAACAGGCUGCAUGAAGCACAGCAGAUGGAUAUUGUAUGACGUGUAAAUCUAGUAAUGAGAGUAAUGUGUGUUUAGUUUGAAAUUGUUUGCCUGGAUAUUUGUGUGUUUGGCAUCAGUGUGUUUUACUGUGUUUUUGUGUCUUUCUUCUGCACCCGGUGAUUACUAUGCAGGACAGUAGUCCAGGGACAGUCCUCCUGCAUUCCUGCGGUCAGAGCAGAGAAAGUGGGAGGAAGCAGAAGGAGAAUUUUAAAGUUGGGCUGUUUACAAUACAGAGCAAUAAGGAAAUGAAAUAAAUAAAAGAAAUAUUUCAAAAAAAAAAA